UGCGCGGGAUUUGUGCAUAUGCAGCAAACGAAGUGCACAAUCAAAACAAACCAUCUUUUGAAAGAUUUGUGACACAUAUUAACAAGGAGUUGUCCGCUUUCACGAGAAUGAUAUGGCUUCAAGUAUAUUUCUAACACUAGUAAUAUUAUGCCUGGCUGGACACAUUAAUGGUGCUUGUAUUCAACCUUGGAUUGGAAAUAACAUUAACAAAAGCUGUUACUUGUUUCAUAAUAUUACCUCAACAUUAUCUGGUCACACGUGGGAAGACUCACAAAAGAUUUGUCACCGGUAUGGAGGUGAUCUUUUGAGUAUAGCAGAUCAAAAAGAACUAGAUUUCAUAUCAAAGCAGUUCCAGGAUCCUUUCAUAAAACGCAAUCAUUAUUGGAUUGGUUUGAAUGACAUAAAAAGUGAAGGUGUAUACACUUGGAGUGAUGGAACUACUUCUACAAUCAGGAACUGGAAUACUGAAGGUGGAGAACCAAACAAUUGGAAAAAUGAGGAUUGUGUAGAGGCUACAUGGAAUGGAAAGUGGAAUGAUAAUGGCUGCUUUCGGGAGUUUGGAUUUAUUUGUAAAAGACUAGCAGGUGCCACUCCCAUGCCCACACCAACAUACCCUCCACGUCCAAAUGUUACUAACCAACCAACAACUUGUGAAGCAGGCUGGUUGCCGUGGAGAAAAUCUUGUUAUGGUAUUAUCCGGAAUUUACAGCAAACUUGGAAGGGCGCUCGAGCUGAUUGUUUAAGACGUUUUGGUGAUUUAGUUAUUAUUAAUGAUCAGGACGAGCAAGAUUUUCUUACAAAUGAAAUUGCAAAAACAAAUGCUCAAUAUUGGAUUGGUUUGUCUGACGUAGCAAUUGAAAAAACAUUUUAUUGGGUGGAUAGUACAAAGGUUAACUACACAAAUUGGGGCCCCAAAGAACCUAGCAAUGAAUUUGGAAACGAGGAUUGUGUAGAAAUGUAUGGCAAAUGGAAUCCUGGCAAAUGGAAUGAUAAUUAUUGUUUAUCUAAGCGUGAUUACAUUUGUGAAAAACAGAAUGGUCUACAUAAUUGCCCUGAAGGCUGGAUAUCUUUUGAUGACCAUUGUUAUCAGAUUAAUUCCCAUCCGAAUCAACGAACAACAUGGAAAAAUGCACGGAAUGUAUGUUUGGAUUUUAACAAAGAAUGGGAAAAACAGAUUGCUGUCUCUGAGGCAGAUUUAACUAGCAUAACGUCUCAAAUAGAGCAAGACAUGCUUGUAAAAGCAUUCAAAAAUAAUGGUGUCACGGAUUAUGGUAGCUCAUUCUGGACAGGUUUGAGUAAUAUCACUGGGACUGGUUUGGCAUGGUCUGAUAAAACAAUGUUGAAAUUUCAAAACUACAAGGAAAAGACUUCACCAGGAACUAACUUAAACUGUGUCAAAAGUAGCCUUGACGAUAAAAAAGGUAGAUGGCUGCAGGCUAGUUGCGAAGAGAGAAAUUAUUAUGCUUGUAAAGUUAAAAAAGGUAAAGAUCGUUGUUAUAGUCCAAUGGGAAUUCAAAAUUAUGCAAUUCCUGAUGCUUCGUUUACAGCAAGUGGCGUGCUGUCUUUAGCAACACCUCCCGCAGCAGCUCGUUUGUAUUUACAAAAAGGGCAAUCGUUGGAUGGAGCAUGGUGUGAGAGUAAUAGCACUAAAGUUCCUUGGUUGCAAAUCAAUUUUGGAAAACCAGAAAAAUUGACCUACAUGGGUGUGCAAGGCAAAUAUGAUUCUGAUGCCUAUGUCACUGAGUUUUAUCUCAAGUAUUCUAAUGAUGGUGUCUCAUGGGACACGUAUGGUGAUAUCCCCCCAGCUCAAUAUUUUAAAUUCCGAACUUAUGGUCAUUGGCGUGUACAUCAAGAAGUAGUCAUGAACCUUCGCCUUCCUUCACCAUUAAUUGCCCAGUAUGUCCGUAUCUAUCCAAUGAGAUGGGUUCAGGCCUGUUGCAUGAGAGUAGAGUUUUAUGGUUGUGGGAUUGAUUUGAAUCAUCAACAGUGUGGGCUUGGUUGGGUCGAAGAUAAAGCUUCGCGUAACUGCUACAAGUUUAAUACAAGAAAAACAACCUGGGAUGCUGCUCAAAGCAUAUGCAAAGCAGAUGGUGGUGAUUUACUCAGUAUUACAACAACACAAGAAAUGAAUUAUAUCAAGACUAACCUGAAGCCAUUGAGUCGCUUUAAUGACUUUUGGAUAGGACUAAAUGAUUUAGAUGUUGAAGGUUUCUUCAAAUGGAACGACCAUUCACCGUUAUUGUUAACAAGCUGGUAUACAGGCCAACCUAAAAAAGAGAGUAUUCGAACAAACUGUGUAUCAAUGAGAUCGCAAGAUGGUGAUUGGAUGGAUCAAGAUUGUACAAGUUACAGAAGUUACAUAUGCAAAAAGAAAUAUCAAAGUGCAUACAUUCCGAAGGAACCGUUUAACAGCAAUUGGAUUAGUGGCCCUGAUUAUUACUGGCCCUUGGAUGUUGUUACCAAUGGGCAAGUUUUUGGCACCUUUCCAGCACAAGCUUAUGGGAACUUUGGAAAAGCCAUCAAUUUUCCUUUUCCUUUUUCACCCAAGAAAUUAAGAUAUGCUUUAUCUUUUGAUGGUAAAAGAAAUUAUCUGAAGUUCGAUCAAUUCAGCGAGCCCUGUGCCACUCAUCCUGCAUCCAGCUAUUGUACUCAUGGUAUAACAGUUUCAUUGCUAUUUAAUAAAACACAGCCAUCAGUGUCUAGUUACAAAACAUACUUGUUAAAUUCACUAUCGCAGUCAAAGAUUUCAAAAGGUUAUUACAUUUACCUGCAAUAUGAUAAACUUUAUGUGUACUUAAGUGGAGACAAUCUUUACUAUACCACCAAUGUGCUCUAUAACAAGGAAAAAUGGAACCACGUUGCAUUUACAUGGUCAAGAAUUGAUGGAUUAAAGGUUUAUAUAAAUGGUGAAUUAAAAGGCUCAUCUCUUGGUCAAACAAAGUCAUCAACUGGUGUAGCAACUUCAAACUUUCUUGUUCUUGGAAAAAGUAUUAGUGGAACUGGUUAUGCUGCGGUGUCGUUUGCAUCAUUGGCAAUAUUUGAGAAGGUUCUGGCUCCUUUGGAAGUGAAAAAAAUAUACAAUACAGAAUUUGGCAAGUGUAUGUGGGGUCAAAUUGCAGCUGGAUCAUUUUGUUACGAAUUUAAUUCAAUAACAACAACCUGGAGUUCAGCAAAGGACAGUUGUCGAAGAAAAGGAGGAGAUCUGAUGAGCGUACAUUCACCUGAUGAACAAGCACUUUUAUCAAUUGCUACAAAACAAUAUGGACUGGCAACCGAUAUAUGGAUAGGAUUGAGCUCACAUGAUCAAAAUCAUGUUUAUAAAUGGACUGAUGGUAGUCCAGUAUCAUUUACUUACUGGAACAAGUACGAACCAAAUAACUGGAAUGGACGAAGAGAAGAUUGUGUUCACACAACAGGUGAUGGCUACUGGAAUGAUGAUCUAUGUUACUUGCGUAAGGCCUAUGCAUGCAAGUAUCCACGGGUAUACACACCAAAGAAACAGGAUGGGAGUUUUAAAGAAUUUACUGUUAAGUUUUAUCGCUAUCAGACAAAAUCAUUUGGGUGUCCACUAGGCAAGGAAGUUAAUAUCACUAAGGUGCAGUUUGGAAGCGUCAAAGAUAAUUGUCUCAUUAAUAAUGAACUUGGCAUAAAGAUUGUGGAAAAAAAUUGUAAACGACAUACAUGUUCAAAUAUUCGAUCCUCUGAUAGCUUCUUCAAUAAUACGCCACCUUGUUUGCGAAAAGUGAUGUCAUACAAUAAAAGAUUGACCAUAAACUACACAUGUCCAGAAGAUACCAGCAUGGUUUCCACAUUAGGAUGUGUUUCUGCGGGCUAUUCUGUGUACCUUAACAAUGCAAUAUGCUACAGAUUGUAUCUGGAAGAAUUGAAUGUAACAGCUGCAAAUGAACGAUGUGAAAAAGAUAAUGGCAAACUUGCAUCCAUUGAAUCUCAAGAGGAAGAGCUUUUUAUCACAACUUUGACGCGUCAAAUGUACAAGAAGUCAGACAUCUGGAUUGGCAUGAAGUAUGAUAAUGUAAUGCAACGUUACUCGUGGAUGAACAAUAAGCCAGUUGUGUAUACUAAUUGGUAUAACAAGCAGCCAGAUCCAAGACUUGGAAAAUAUGUUUCAAUGCGCCUUUUAGAAGGUCCACAGCAAUUCAUGUAUUGGAAGCCAACAGAUGAAGCUAUAAAAUUACCAUUCUUGUGUCGCAAGUUAAAGGUAAAAACGACUGAAGCACCAACACCAACAGUCCAAAAACCAAAUGGGUCCUGCCCGACAAAUUGGACCGUAUCAAACAAUCAUUGUAUCAAAAUUAUCACUGAGGGGAUGUCUUUUGUUGACGCCCAAGAAGCAUGCUCUAAACUUGGUCGCAAUGCAAUGUUAGCUUCGAUAAUGAAUUAUGAUGAAAAUAGAAUAAUAUUAAGAGCUUUUGAAAAAUCUGGUAUUCAUUUUGCAUGGCUUGGACUCACUAAUGAAGCUAUUUUUGAAGGCUUCUCAUGGAUUGAUGGUAAUCCUUUAUCUUAUAUCAACUGGUAUACUGGACGUCCUAAUACUGGUCAGCGUCAUCUCUGUGCAGGAAUGAGUACUAAUGGUAAAUGGUGGGAUCUUGCUUGCUAUGCUAGAUAUUCCUCCGUAUGUAAAAUUCCAAUUGGUUAUAUUUAUCCAACAACUACCCCAGCCACAACAACACCUGCAACUACUCAAGAUCCUACACUUUGUAAAACUGACUGGAGACAUUUUAAUGGAAGUUGCUAUUACUUCACGUCCAGAAGUGUAAAAGUAGAUUUUCAUGCUGCGAAGGUACAAUGUGAAAAAAUGGGAAGCCAUCUCACCAGCAUAUGGAACAAAGAAGAAAAUAUGUUUUUGAAAAACGAAAUUAAUAGGAGAUAUGGCUCCACCCAAAACGUUUACAUCGGUUUGACUGAUCGAACAACGGAGGGUGGUUGGGCAUGGGAAGAUCAAUCAAUAGCAAAUUACUUUAAUUUCGACGAUGCACAACCAGACAACUGGCAUGGCAUGGAGGAUUGUACUGAAUUGCGUCAAAAUGGAAAGUGGAAUGACUUGGCUUGCAACUUGAAAAAACCUUUUAUAUGCAAGCAGAGAAAUGGAACUAACGUAAAACCGAACACAACAGCCACACCAGAUACGGGUUAUUGCAAGAAUGGUUGGGUGUUGUAUGGUAAAAAGUGCUACUUGUUUAAAUACGGAAAAGAUAAUAGAAGGAAUUUCAACGACGCUCGAGCAUUUUGCGAAGAUAGUGGUGGUUCUCUUGUGUCCAUCCACAGCAACUAUGAGAAUGCGUUUAUAUUGAGUCAGCUAGCUGAAUCUGGUGACAGCGUUUUUAUUGGACUUAAUGACCUUCAAAUUGAAAGAACUUUUCUGUGGCUUGAUCAGAGUACAGUGGAUUACACCAACUGGUAUCUAUCUCAGCCUAGCAGAUAUAGUGAUGAGGAUUGUGUGGAGCUGAUGCCAUUUUUUAAGUACCAUGGCAGAUGGAAUGAUAUUAAUUGUAAGAAGGAAACUGGUUUUGUCUGUCAGAGUAAAGCCAGCGAGAAGAAACCAACAGACAAACCAACAGUCAUUACUGAACCCUGUCCAAAAGGUUACAAAAAAUUCCAGAAGUCGUGCUACAUUGUACACACAACCCCUAAGACGUGGCUAGAUGCGAGAAGAGAAUGUAAGAAGGUUGAAAAUGGAGAUCUUGUUUCUUUGCACUCUCCCCACGAACAAGCUUUUGUCUUCAGUCGAUUCGUGGAGCACGCUAAAGAAUCUUGGAUUGGUUUGCACAAAGUGGGAAGUAAAUUCGUUUGGUCUGAUAACACAACAAGAGAUUACGAGUACUGGAAGCCUGGUUUCUCAAGUUACAGUCGACUAAAGUGCGCAGCGCAAGUUUAUUCUAGCGAUGUUGCAGGCAAAUGGAAAACAUACAACUGCUCAAAAAAAUUGCCAUUUUCUUGCAAGAUUACCCGCGUUGAUCCCAAAAAGAAAUCACCCUUCUUAGGGAAUUGUUCAGAUGGUUGGAAGAAAGUCGAAGAUCGCUGUCUGAAAUAUUUUAGCUCUUACUCAGAUACUGGUACCUGGCCUGAAGCUCGUGAGAAAUGUAAACGCUACGGCGGAGACCUAGUGACUAUAGAUUCGGAGGAGAUUCAAUCUACUAUACGUUAUAUGAUACGUAAUACAUGGAGGCCUACUUGGAUAGGUUUGAAUGACAGAAGAAAAGAACAUGUUUUUGAGUGGAGCAGUGGACAUGCGCUAAUGCCAGAUGAUUUCUCGAAUUGGGGAGCGAAUGAACCAAAUGAUAAUUCUGGUUCUGAAAACUGUGUUGAAAUGACUUCAACAUCGGGAAAGUGGAACGACUUGCCUUGUUACAAAAGAAUGCCGUUUGUGUGUGAACAUGCCCUCGAAUGUCGUUCUGCUCUCGGUAUGGAAAGCAUGGCAAUUCCUGACGACAACAUUACCGCGACAUCCUAUGCAGAUACUUACUUUCCAAGCAAUGCCAGGUUAAAUAAGAAGGUGGACAACAAAGAUACUGCAUGGUGUACAAACAUCACCGAUAAAACUCAAUCGUUGACCAUCUUCAUUGGAAGUGUAAUGAAAAUUACACGCAUUAAUACGCAAGGUUUGUAUCGUUUCCUCAAAUUAAACAGUUACGUCAUCACGUAUAUGCUGGAGUAUUCCCUGGAUGGUAAACAUUGGAAGACCUACACGGAGGAAGAGGCUGAUGGAAGACAAGUCAGGUAUCUUCCUGGCAAUAAAAACAGCCGAUAUAUCGAGGGAACAACAGUCGAUAUAGAAGCAAUGUUUUUGAGAUUCACUCCAAUUAAAUUUAAAGGAAGCUUGGUGUGUCUUCGUGUUGAGCUGUAUGGCUGUAAAUCAGUGUGCUUGACCUCACUUGGUAUGGAUGAUCAUAAAAUUGCAAGCUCAUCACUAUCCGCAUCUUCUACGAUGGAUGGACUUUCUGUGGAUAACGCCAGACCGAUGUAUAACAAUGCCUGGUGCGCCAAGACAACUGAUAGCAACCCAUGGUUAAAGAUAGAUCUUCUGCACGAUAUGAAACUUACUCGCGUGUUGGGAAUCAAUGAUGACAAUGACGUGACGUAUUAUAUUCAAUAUAGUAGCGAUGAUAAAAACUGGAUGUUUAGCAAUACAUUACUUGGUGCUAAAAAGCAAUUUUCUUCAAAAACAAUAAUGUACGAUCUUGAGGUACCAGUGGUGGCCAGAUACGUGAAGUUUCUGUUGACCAAAUCGUCGAAGGAUUCAUGCUUGCAAGUGGAAUUGUUUGGUUGUGCUUCCGAGUGUGAUAUACCCCUUGGCUUGGAAACCAAACUUAUCUCAGACACGUUCCUAAGUGCGUCGUCAUCGUUACCUGGUUUUGCUGCUAAACAAGCUCGAUUGAAUGGUGAUUCAGCUUGGUGUGCCAUGAAGAAAGAUGGGAAGCAGUACUUACAGAUCGACUUUCAGCACACAGCACGAAUCACUGGAAUAGCAACGCAAGGUUUCAUUGGUGGAGGCGUAGAAAAAUUUGUGACUGAGUAUGAAGUCCAAUGGAGUGCAGAUGGGAAAUUUUGGACCUGUUUGAAUCAAGAUUUCAUAGGGAAUACAGAGGGAAAAGGAGUGCACAAAGUGAAGUUGGAGCAGUCCUUGCCCACACGUUAUUUGAGGAUCGUUCCCACUGGUAAUGUCCGCGGUAUCUGUAUGAGGGUCGAAUUGUAUGGCUGUGCCGUGACCAUACAACCAACGCUAACUCCGUUACGCAGAAAACAAUCAUUUUAUGGAAGUGUUCGUCUAACGAGUGUAGAGUAUAAUGACAAAUUAGCGUACGAGAAUUCGCUCGAGUAUGAAGAACUCUCGACAAGAUUUGAAAUGGCUGUCAGCGAAGUUUUCUCCAACGACAUAACAUACAAUGGUCUAAAAAUUAGAAGUUUCAAGCCUGGCAGCGUGUUUGUAAAUUUUAUUUUUGUUGCUAUGGUGUCAGUGAAAGAUACAGAUCCAUUGCGUGCAUUGAAAUACCAGGUGACGCAAGGGAAGUUGGGAGAAUUUACUGUGGACAAAUCCUCCUUAAAAAUUUCAACGAGUCCAGAGGGGGAGAAACAAGAAUCGUCUGAUGGAAUAUCCAACGGAACUAAAGUGGGACUCAUCGUAUUUUUCUUACUGCUGAUAAUCUUGAUUUUGAUUGGUGGAGGUGUGUAUUACUGCAAACGUCACAAUAACGGCUUCAAGUUGGCGUUUGCUCAUAAAUCCUUUGAAAACCCUGUACACAUGUCUUCAUCACAAGAUGAAAUGAACAUAGAAUUUGUCAAUCAUCCGGACGAUGAAGGCUAAACAUUAUAUUCCGGAAGCUUCUCAUUUGUUCUGCUCGAUUAAACAAAUUAACUGAACGGUCUAGGAAUAAUUAAUUAAAUGACUAUUUCGUUGAGUUUUUAUUUUUUUAUAUAUAUUUUAAUUUUUUACUAACCUUUUGUUUGUUUAAUUUGUUUAAUAUGUUAAACAUUUAUUAUUUUGGAUGCAAACAAACGCGACCUUAAUAAUUUUAUAAUCGCAUGAAAUUUCUCAAAAUUUCUCAGUUUAAGAUCAGAUUAACGAAAGGCCAGCUUAUAAAUACAUCUUUUAUAACAACAUAGUCAGUCUAAAAUUACUGAGAAAAAGUUAGUUUUACAGUAUUGUCCUAAACUAUAUAAUCUCUAUGUAAUCUCUAUUAUUAUCCGUAUUCCGACCAUACAUUUCCCUAAUUUCUUGUUGAAAUAUCUAAUAUUGCAACUUUUUGAAGCUGAAUUAAUAUAACAAAAUAAAGAAAAAAAAUGCUUACCGAUCGUCGAGAAUAACUCACAGUGACAAGCAGGAGAGCAAGUGUGAAGUUACCAUUCAACUUCUUGUUUUUAUUUGGACUCGAAUUUAUAGUUCAAUAAACUUGCAACAAAUGUCAAAUUUUCAAGACAUCACGAACAAUGAUUAUCUGUGUGUGUGUAUUGUAUUUUAGCUGUUCGAUUGUUUUUUUUAUAUUUUUAAGUAGCCGCUGCAAUGUUAAUUUUUUAGAUAAUUUUAAGUAGCACGUAUGUUAAUGUAAAAAACUUGGUUGUUGACAAAUAUAAUGAUUAUUAAGCUGAUAAAGAACAGUGGAAUAA